AUGCCGUCUGGCGACUACGCGGCGGUCGGCGGCGGCGGCGCCCUCAAGCUCAAGGGCGCCAAGGUCCAGAAGAAAAAGAAGAGGCGGGACAAGAGCGGCCUCGAGAGGACUUUGUCGGCGGGCGAAGGCGCAUCAGCAAAGGGGGACGGCACAUCCGCAAACGAGAGGCAGCCAGAUGAGCACGGCCAAGACCGCCACAGCGACGACGACGCGGCAGUUGCGCGAAAAACCGAAUCCGAGAGAAAAUACGACGAGGUCCGAAAGAAGAGGCUACAGAAGAUGGCGGAAUCGUCGAGUUCCCGGCCCGAACUGUUGAAAACGCACAAGGAACGGGUCGAGGAGCUCAACACGUACCUAUCAAAACUUAGUGAACAUCACGACAUGCCAAAGAUAGGUCCCGGCUAA